CGAAUUUUCAAUAUGGCGACUAUGUAGCUCGCUUGAGAGUGUGGCCAGCCGCGUAGAAGUAUUACUAGUUUAGGUUGAUUUCAGUAGAAGUUAGCGUACUGUGUGCGUUGUGGUGUCUGGACAUAAUCAGCUUCUUUCAAACAAUGAAAGGAAAAGAGCGGUCACCGGUGAAGAAACGCCCUCGAGCACCGGACGACAGCAGAGACCGAGGAGGAAGCAAGAAGACAGGGGUCUUGUCGACGGUUGGGAAUAACCACGGUAACGGUUCCGUUCAGAGCGGCUCUUCAUCCAGACGGAAUGAAAAAAGAGACAUAAGGGACUCAGACGGACAGAGUUUAUCCAGUCGGGUUGGUGGCGGUUACGACUACGUGGUUGUCCCGACCAAGCCGUAUGGUGGCGCUGACAUUUCCGCGGAGACGUCCAGGUCUGGUUCGCGCGGCGACCCACGGCCUCCACCGAACCCGGAGAGUGAGUACAAAACUCUGAAAAUAAGUGAACUGGGCUCUCAGCUGAACGACGAAGAAAUAGAGGACGGACUCUUUCACGAGUUUAAGAGGUUUGGGGAGGUGAGUGUGAGGAUAAGUCGCCAAAACGACGAGAAAGUGGCGUUUGUGAACUUCAGGAGGCCCGAGGACGCCCGAGCGGCCAAACACGCCCGCGGCAGGUUGGUGCUUUACGAUCGGCCUCUGAAAAUUGAGACAGUUUACCUAAACAGACGCAGAAGCCGCUCCCCUGUUUCAAAGGACGGUUUCUCCUCAGGACAGAGACAUCUCCACUCUCAGAGACAGCUGUCCCCUACUGGUCUGGGGUACAGAGACUUCCGGCUUCAGCAGCUGGCUCUCGGCCGUCUCACCCCUCCCGCUCCUCCUCCUCAUCCUCACUUACGAGAUCUGGAAAGAGACAGAGAUUUUUCAAUGUAUGAUGCGAGGAAUAGACCUCCUUUUAUCCCCGAAUGUGCUGUCUACCGCGAGGAGGAACUGGUGAACCCAGAGAACGACCAAAGGGCGAACAGGACUUUGUUUCUUGGCAAUCUGGACAUCAGUGUGACGGAAAGUGACCUGAGGAGGGGGUUCGACAGGUUUGGAGUGAUAACAGAGGUGGACAUAAAGCGAGCAGCGAGAGGCCAGACUAAUACAUAUGGAUUUAUUAAGUUUGAGAAUCUUGACAUGGCUCAGCGUGCCAAAGUAGCAAUGGCAGGAAAAGUGAUGGGUCACAGCCAAAUCAAAAUCGGCUAUGGUAAACCUACUCCCACAACAAGACUUUGGGUGGGGGGCCUUGGACCUUGGGUUCCACUUGCUGCACUGGCCAAGGAGUUUGACCGCUUUGGGACCAUCAGGACUAUAGACUACAGGAAGGGAGAUGUGUGGGCUUACAUCCAGUAUGAAAGUUUGGAUGCUGCCCAGGCUGCAUGCACUCAUAUGAGGGGCUUCCCUCUUGGGGGUCCUGACAGGAGACUCAGGGUGGACUUUGCAGAUACAGAGCAUCGCUACCAGCAGCAGCAGUAUGUGCAGCUUCCUCUCCCCCUGCCACACUUUGACUUAGUUCCUGAACCCUUUGCCCAACGUCUUAGUGAUCCAGUGAGAACCAGGGAAAGGUCUCCGCCACUUUCAGCUCGAUUCAGAGACAGGGACCUGUACCCCGGUGCUGAAUGGUCCGGCUUUGGUGUUCAUGACAGGAUCCGAGAACCCGGCUUUGAUCCUUUAGAUCGACUGGAGAGGCGCUCUCAUGAGACCUGGUCUAUAGAACGAGAGCGUGAGUUGCAAAGCAGAGAUCUCAACCGCAAAAGGAGACAUUUGGAUGGUUUCCGUGCAGAUCACUCACCUGACAUCAGUGACUUUGGUGUACGUCGUCAUGGCAGCUCAUUAGAACGCAGCCCUGGAGGGAGCAGCCGAGACGGGGGACGCUACAGUGACCCUGAACGUUUGCCUCGCUCUGGCAGAACCACUCCCAACAGAGAGCGACAAGAGACUGGCUUUGGUGACCGGAGAAAAAGGACACUCAGCCCAGGUGAGCCAGGUACCUGCUCUGACAAGGAGCGCAAACGUAAAGCCAGUGAUUCCUCCAAGAGUCCAGCGAAAAAGGACCUUUGCUCAGGGCACCCUUCAUCCUCCUCUUCUUCCAAAUCUGGUCAGCAGUCCAAGACAGCAGCUCAAGGCCAGAAACUGAGCCAGGUUUGGGAGGGUGUCCUCCUGCUGAAAAACAGCAGCUUUCCAACAUCGCUACACCUGCUGGAUGGGGACGUGUCCGUGGCAACCAGCCUGCUGGUAGAUGGCUCCACCCAAGGUCAGGUGUCCCAGCUAAAGAUCAGCCAGCGUCUACGCCUAGAUCAGCCCAAGCUGGAUGAAGUGUCUCGUCGCAUCAAGGCUGCCGGCUCCAGCGGAUACUCCAUCCUACUCGCCGUGCCUGGAAAGUCUGAAGAUGGAGGCGCACAAGAUUCCAGCAACUCUACAGAAAGGCCGCUGAAGAACCUGGUGUCCUACUUGAAGCAGAAGGAGGCCGCUGGCAUCAUCAGCCUCCCUGUGGGUGGGGGGCGUGACAAGGACCACGGAGGGGUCCUUCAUGCUUUCCCUCCAUGUGAGUUCUCACAGCAGUUCUUGGAUGCCACUGCCAAAGCCUUUGCCAAAUCAGAGGAGGACUUCAUGUUGAUGGUCAUUAUCAGAGGAGCAUCAUGAAAAAAAAAAGGGCGAAUGUAAACGUUUGUUUGACAUACAUGCACUGUUAAACUGUGAGCUGUUAAAGCAGAUGACAGGGUCUGAGUGGUAGCUUGUAUCUCAUCUUGUGGAAGGUUUAAAGAAAAAGAGUCACAUUGAAUUGGUACAUUUUGAUAGAGCGAUGAAAAUAAUUAUUGAUACAGGUGACAUGCUGCCUUCUACUGUUAAAAUGUCAGAGAAAUGUACAUGACCUGAGGGGUUCUCAGCUGAAAGUCAGACAGAGCAGUAAUUCUAUAAGUUGCCUUAAAUCAUUGAAAAUAAACACAAGUCCUUCAUGUCAUUUCAUAUCAUGCCUUCCAAUAACAAAAAUAGAACUAAGAUUCAAAAUGAAAUAUUUAGCUUUUGUUUUAAUCAGUCAUAAUCUCAGCAUUGAUGAAACCAGUCAGUGUAAACAGGUUUUGUUGUAUUGUAAUGUUUGUACAGCCAGCCUAUGAAAACCAAGUCAAACUUGUAUACAUAGUAUUUUUCUCCUGAUUAUGGAUAUAUGUUCUUGAUCUGAAACUUUACCCAUUUUCAUAUUAAUAUUUAAGAUGUGCAUCUGUGUCACUUUUGUUGAUAAAGUACAAAAUCUGCAUAUUUUCAAAGUCAAGCAUCAAUAUAACUGCCUUUUUGUUGAACUUAUGGCCAGUAAUUGCAUGAAGCUAAAAAAAAGGGGGGAAAGAAUGAACUGUAUAAGUCCUCAUCUCUAGUUUUAUGCACUUUUUUUCUUGUAUUAUGUUAAAAUGCAUACAUGAGAGCCUGAAGAAUUGUAUUAUCAAAACCAUCAAUAUCAAUGCUUCUGUCUGAGCCACAUUCAAGGGUUAAAUACCAUAAAAUGAAAUGAGUGCAGUUUUUCAGUAUUGGUUCAUGUUUGAGAGGUGGACUUAAGCAGCAAGACCCUAAUGUUGUUCAAACAACAACCUUACAACUAAAAACUAAUAUUUACUCUGAAUGAGGUAGAAGAGAGGAGAGAUGGGACUUGUUCUGUUGAAUUGCAGACUCCAUAUAAGUUUUUUUUUUUUAGUUAUGAUAGAGCUUCUGUUAUGCUUUGAGUCAUGAAUUGCUGAAAAACAUCUAAAAAGUAUUUAAAAAAAACAACAAAAAUAAAUGAGCACCUUCAAACUGCCCUUCAAUUCAAGACUGAACACCAAAUUUAACCACAUGUAGUGUACAAUGAUAAUGACAAACUUUCAAAUUUGUGAUCAUCCAAUUUUGCUGUUCCGCUUGAAACUUUCCUGACUGAUAAACCAAAUGACACAAAUGUGUGGUUAACAAAUAGUCUGAAAUCUAAAUAUUGUCUUUAUUUUAACAAAGCUAAAUGUCAAAAUCUGUGCAAAGCCACUAGGUAUUGUCAGUCUGCUGUUUUGAAAAGCUGUGUACAAUGUAGUGUUGAAUUUGUGUCCACCCCUUUUAUAUUGUGCUGUCACUCCCAUCAAAUUUGGUAUGUUGGAGCAGUAAUUUGUUGAUUAAUUUCUGCACUUUUACUGAUAUAAUUCACUAAGUACAAUAACUACCCCAAUAGAGCAUGAAUUGUUUGUUUUGAGAGAAGGAGAUGUAACAAAUCCAGAGAUGUAUGUAUGCCAUGCGCAUCUUUAAUCAGGAGUCUGUAAGUGGAAAAUGUUGCUACGCUGGCUGGCUGUGGACUUAAGUGAUUGAAAAAUGCUAAGUGAUCAGAGGUGAGACCUCCCAUGGCCUUGCACACCCUCCUCUGAGUGGACAGUUAAUGAUUGUUUUUCAUGAUUUGAUUGAAGUUCAAUGUUUCAAAUGGAAAAAGAAAAGAUUUGUGCUGUGUACUCAGGAUAUCUGGAGAGAGAGGGAGAGAGAGAGAAAUGGAGAACUUCAGUGCUCAUGGGCCUAAGAAGUAAACCUGUCAAAAAACAGAAAGUGCAACAUGCACUUGCUUUUGUCUUAAUAAAUUUACUCUUUCGUGGGAAACACAAGUGCCUCGGAAGACAGCUUUUGUGACCUUUUCUGUUCUUGGAAUUGUCUAUCAAACUCUAAGGGCUUUCACUUUGACAGGAGGAGUCGCCCUGGCAGACACCCAGGCAGGAGGUGUAAGAACGGAAGAAGUCAGCCUCCUUGUUCUGUACCUUCAUUUUGUUGAUCAUCAUUUGUUUGAAUGACCUCUUUGUGAGGUAUUUGACCAUUCCUUUAGUACUUUUCCUCAGCCCGGCUGUGAAGGCAAACUUAGUCACUGUGUCUCAUCAAAUGUGCCACAUAUCCUCAGUCUCCCCCUGGCCUGUGUGGCUGAGAACCAGCAAAGAGAUUGUCUCUCUGGUUUGUCACUCAUCAAACUCAGCCCAAAUUGCUGGGGUCGUCUCCAUCUGUCAGCCUCAGCGGAGCCACAGCAGCGCUCUUCCCUCUCGCCCGGCUGUGUAUGCAGCAGCUGCUGCAGGAGGAGCCUUGUUCAUUUAUGUAGUUGCUUGUUCUUACAUUGGAGUUACAAGGAAGAUGUCUGUGCUUUGUGUGUCUCGUGUUGGAAGACAGAUCCGAGACAUCAUCUGAGAGGAAAGACAGCAGAGGAAAAAAAUCUUUGCAAAUCUUUAGCUGACAUGUUGAUCUGAUUUACACACUUUUCACACACUGUGCCAAACCACAUAGGAAAUCAAAGUGAAAGUAUGCAGCUGUCAUAAAUGAGAAUCUGCUGCAGGAUGUGUAUCAUGAAGACUGUGUUCCUGCCUGUGCUGCUGCAGACCAACUGGACCAAAGCAGCUUCCCUUCUGCCCUUUGUCUUCACAUGACGCCUUUGCAGCGGGUCCUGCUUACCUGGAGUCGUGAGGUGCAACAGGUUUUAGUCUCACCCUGGCUGUACUCCCUGCUGGUCCCCAUGGUCUAAGCUGUUACAAUGGGUAUGUAGUGAAAAGUUUGACUACACUCACACAGGGGAAAGGCUGGUGAAAAGAUAAAACCCACACUUAAUGUCCCUAUAAGUAACACAAAACUAAUACAAACAACCAAAAGACUGAAAGAUAAAAAAAAAAAAAAAAACAUACUGUUGUAUUAAAGCAAAUAUAUAUAGUCAAUAAAUUUCAGUCUACAGCUGCUAGACUUAUUGAAGUUGGACUAUGAUUGGUGUAAAAGUAAUAUCACUGUGUCCAAUCACAAAGAUCGUAAAAGUGCUGAGGCGUGACCAGAAGUGAAACAGAGUUGUAGUGGAGCUGGUUUGUGAAACUUUAUAAUGAUAGAGUAUGAUAAAUCAAUUUUAGUUUAUUUUUUCUGUAAUCUUAAUGUGUCAAUUUAAUCAGCAAAUGUAGGCACAACACAAGUAGAGUAUUUUCGUCCAAUUUUAAUUAGUUAUAACAAAUGUACCCUCAGUACUACAGUUACAAUACUUGUUCUUCUUUUACUAGUCAUAACUGCCUGUCACUGAUAAUGGAGAGAAGACCUGAGGUUAUGUUUUCCUCCUUUUUAAUAUACACAUUUGUUGCUCUGGACAGUAAAACUGAGUCUCAGUGCAAGAGAUUUAUUUCUUUAAACUAAACAAAGCUAGCGUUGAGUACCUUUAAUCACAGCACAGUGAAAGUGUUGAUAACAAAUGACGCUAAAGAUGUUUGCUUAGGAUUAGUGAGAUUACUUCAUCUAAUAAGCAAAGUUUAUGACAUUAUGCCCAUUUUACGCCCUUUUGUUGUGCUCACUCUGCACUUAAUUCUUCUAAAGUCUAAAAAUGGGAAAGAUUAAAAUAUUUAGUAUUAUAAGAACGGGAAAUUUAAACAAUAUAGUGCAUGUUUGUGUUUGCAGCAUCAAGUGGUAAUUAUCCAUCCAGAAAAUAAUAAUAAUAAUAAUGAUAAUAAUAUUAAUGAUUAUGAUAACAAUACUACUACUAAUAAAAAUACCAAUAUAAUAUUGAUAAUUAUGAUAAUGAUAAUAACAAAAAUAACUAUUUUUUCACUGCACUUAAAAACAGAAGUUCACAAAGUGCUUUGAUAAAUAGUUACAAAGCACAUGGAAAUACAGACGUAAAAAAACAAAACAAAAGGCUCAGUUAAAAGGGAAUUGAAAGCCAUUUUCAUAAAUCAUAAGGAACCCAGACAAUACAAGAACCAUGCAACAUAAAAUGAGACCAUAAGGACCAAAAUAAAAACAUAAACUAGGUAAGAAAAAGAAAAAGCAAUAAAAAGGGGGGUUGAAAGCAGAAACAGGAUAGUAAAUAUAAAAGACAAUAUUAAGUAUAAAAAAACAAAAAAAACAGUAAAGCUGAAAUAAGAAAUUGUCACAUAGUCUACCUUUAAGAGCUGAAUAACAGUGAAAAUAUGUCUUUUCUGAGAAGUUCAUUUGAGUUGUAAGUUCAGCACACUAACAGGUUUUAUACACUCAAAAAAAGUUUUUGUAGUAUAUCAAGUAUAAAUAUCCUACAGGACUGAUCUAAAGAUUAACACUGAAUACUUCAUUUUGAUUUUUAAUGAAUUUUUGGAACUGUUUGAUCAUGAGCUGAUUUUAAUCAAAAUGCCCAGUAUUUCAGGUUUUCCCUCAGAAUAAAGGUGAGAAAGACGAAUCCUCUCUGUCAGAAGACUCCUGUCCACCUGCAGUGAGACUGAAUCAGCUCCGUGAACUUCACACGCACAUCCAAAGUAAGUAAAAUUUAAAUUCUUCUCUACUUUUUACAUUUUAUUUAAAUUUAAAUCGGCAUUUUACAAUUGUGAUUUUACUUGUGUUUUUGAGCUUUAAUAAAGAGU